CCCGCAGGCCGGCUCCUCCCCCACGGGGACCAGCGAGUGGGCAACCGCUGGUGGAUGCCUGGACACUCACGGGGGCUGUUUCCAUCCUGGGGCAGGUUUGACCCUCUGGAACGGCCGGCUCCUCCCACCCGGCGCUGGCUGAAGGCGUGGGGUGGGGGGGUGGCCCAGCCUGCUCCGUGCCAGGGCUGUCCUGGAGAGCGCACAGAACUUCUGCCCAGAAGCCCACAGCCAGGAGCCGAGAAGGCCGGGAAGAACACCGUUAGGGCGCUAUAGGAGCCUGGCGGGCACCAUCUGCGUUCAUUGAGCGCCUGUUGUAUGCGAUCUGGUGUGCCGGGCGCCGUGAUGGGGAACCGAGAAGGUGGGCCUGGGGCAGACACGGGCGAGGGAUGUCGUGAGGACCGUCAGCGCACGCUCCCUGGUGCACUCCUUUACCUUGGUGAGGGAGUGGGGAGGGGUAGCGGCUUCGAGGAGGGGUCCCAGCUCGGCUCGGGGGUCUCGGCAACUUAGAGACUCCAGGGAGGGGAGCCGCCAUUGCAGGUGCCCCUGGGAGCCCUCCCCGCCCCGGCAAGUCCUGCCGACCCCAGCCCCUCCGCAGCCCGCCCCGGGGACAGUGCCACUCAGUGCCUCGUCCACUUCGCGCCCCUCUCCUCUCUGCCUCAGUCUUGGGAGAGGAAGCUGAGGCUGGGGGAGGUCUGCCCGAGCGGCUGGGAAGUUGGCGGCCGAGUCGGUCCGAGGCCCCCGGGGCCAAGCUGCGCCCUCGCCCGGCGGGGCCGUGGGGGAGGCGGCGUGGGGCCCGGACCGAGCGGAGCGCGCUCCCGGCGGACGCGGCGGCGGCGCCCGGCGCCAGGGGCCGGGAUGGGCAGUCACCAGUCUUCCCAGGCCUCUGCCGCAGACAUGGAGAAACUCAGUGCGCUGCAGGAGCAGAAGGGCGAGCUGCGCAAGCGGCUGUCCUACACCACACACAAGCUGGAGAGGCUCGAGACCGAGUUCGACUCCACCCGCCACUACUUGGAGAUUGAGCUGCGGCGCGCGCAGGAGGAGCUGGAGAAAGUCACAGAGAAGCUGCGCAGGAUUCAGAGCAACUACCUGGCACUGCAGCGGAUCAACCAGGAGCUGGAGGAGAAGCUGUACCGCAUGGGCCAGCACUACGAGGAGGAGAAGCGCGCCCUGAGCCAUGAGAUCGUUGCUCUCAACAGCCACCUCUUGGAGGCCAAGGUGACCAUCGACAAGCUGUCAGAGGACAACGAGCUCUGUAGGAAGGACUGCAAUCUAGCUGCCCAGCUGCUGCAGUGCAGCCAGACCUACGGCAGGGUCCAUAAAGUGUCGGAGCUGCCAUCCGACUUCCAGGAGCGCCUGAGCCUGCACUUGGAGAAGCACGGCUGUAGCCUGCCCGCCCCGCUCUGCCACCCGGCCUACGCCGACAGCGUGCCCACGUGCGUCAUCGCCAAGGUGCUGGAGAAGCCCGACCCUGGCAGCCUGUCCUCCCGCCUGUCAGAUGCCUCUGCCCGUGACCUGGCCUUCCGGGACGGCGCCCAGCAGCCUGGCCCCCGGGCCCCGUACAAGGGUGACACCUACUGCAGCGACACGGCCCUCUACUGCCCCGAGGAGCGGCGACGCGACCGGCGGCCCAGCGUGGGUGCGCCCGUGACCGACGUGGGCUUCCUGCGCCCUCAGAACUCCACCGACAGCGCGGCUGAGGAGGAGGAGGAAGCUGAGGCAACAGCCUUCCCCCCGGGCUUCCGGCGCGAGGCCUUUGCGGCCUACGCGGGUUCACUGCCCACGUCUAGCUCGUACUCAAGUUUCAGCGCCACGUCGGAGGAGAAGGAGCACGCACAGGCCAGCACGCUGACCGCCUCGCAGCAGGCCAUCUACCUGAACAGCCGCGACGAGCUCUUCGACCGCAAGCCGCCGGCCACCGCUGCCGCCUACGAGGGCAGCCCUCGCUUCGCCAAGGCCACGGCUGCGGUCGCGGCCCCGCUCGAGGCCGAGGGGGCCCCUGGCUUCGGGCGGACCGUGUCACCGUACCCGGCCGAGUCCUUCCGCUUCCCGGCCUCGCCAGGUCCCCAGCAGGCCCUGAUGCCCCCAAACCUGUGGAGCCUGCGGGCCAAGCCCGGGGCCGCGCGGCUCUCCCGGGAGGAUGUCCGGGGCCAGUGGCGGCCCCUGAGCGUGGAGGACAUCGGUGCCUACUCCUACCCGGCUGGCACCGCGGGCCGCGUCUCGCCCUGCAGCUUCUCGGAACGCUACUACGGCGCGGGUGGCGGCAGCAGCGGCAGCCCCGGCGAAAAGGCCGAGGGCCGCGCCAGCCCCCUCUAUGCCAGCUACAAGGCUGACAGCUUCUCUGAGGGGGACGACCUCUCCCAGGGCCACCUGGCCGAGCCCUGCUUCCUGCGGGCUGCCGGGGACCGGAGCCUCAGCCCUGGCCGCGCCGCAGACCCCCUUCCAGGCUACCCCCCCAGCGAGGGGGACGGCGACAGGCUUGGGGUGCAGCUCUGUGGGGCUGUCAGUAGCCCCGAGCCCGAGCCUGGCUCCAGGGACUCCUUGGAGCCCAGCUCCAUGGAGGCCUCUCCCGAGGUGCACCCAGCUGCACGCCUCGGCCCCCAGCAGGCCUUCCCGCGGACUGGUGGCUCGGGGCUGAGCCGCAAGGACAGCCUCACCAAGGCCCAGCUCUACGGCACCCUGCUCAACUGAGCACCCGUGGUCACCGUGGGGCCACCCGUCCUGCCACACCCACCUCUGUGGGGCCCAACCCUGGGGUGGAAGGCGCGCCUCGCCCCCAGCCCCCGUGCUCCCCCAGCCCCCGACCCCACCUCCUCCAUGGAACUCCCAUCUGGAGCAGCCCUCCCCACCACCAUUCCUUCCCCAUCUGAGACGAGUGUCCCCCUUUUAUAAAGUGAAACUAUUUUUAUAGAGAAAAAGGGUCUUUUCUCAGCACACUCGCCUCCAGCUCCCUGAAUGGCAACCACGCGUUUCCCAUUCAAAGCUCCUUUAUUUUGCCGGGUGAGGGUGUGUGCCGGGUGGGGAGGGGAGGGUGCUGACCUGCGGCGCCCAAGCUCCUGAUGU